AAGAACGCCGAGAAAUGCAAGGGGUCUCGAGCAGCGCGGUGGUCGGUGAGGUGUUUUGCCGCUGUGAUUUUGUUUUCUUCCUCUCGCUAAUGAUCACCGUUUGAUAGCCAGCUAGCCUUCCAUUGUCUCUCCUUCGCAAGAAUGCCGCUGGCGCAGCUCGUCGUCGCAACAACAAUAGCAUCGAGGUAAGCAGGUCAGCUGUGGGAAACCCGAGACUCCCACAGGUCCGCUACGACAUGCAAGCCGAGUACUACGAACGACCCACGGUCUCUUGAGUUGGCAGUGCCGGCCGAAAAUAUGCUCAAGAAACGCCGAUAGCGCACGUUGCAUCUUCGGGUGUGGGGCCACGGCCACAACGGGAUGCUUUUUGCUGGGCAUUCACAAUACAGCUCAGAGGUCGUUGGUAGUGGAAAGCGUCAGCACCUGCCAGAUUUGAGCAUGCAGGCCUGGUGCUGCAGUGCACGCCGCAUCCGGGUCAUCUUGGUCUGUUUCAUCGCCUUCAACAUUGUUAUUCUGCUGCUAGCUGCCAUCAACUCGGAUACCGUGUCUCGGGUGCGACAUGGUGGCGGACUCUGGACCGAGCUGUGCCAGCACUGUGGUGGCAGCGGCCACGACCGUGAUGCCUCGUACAGAGACAUUGCCAUGGACAUCUUUCACUUGCCACUGCUUGAGAAUGUGGACAUGGGCACUCACUACUAUCCACUCGCAUCGUCCGGUAAUCCGGGUGGCAAGUGGUGCUUCCGCCAGGGAGCGCUUCCACCUGCUCACUCUGAGAAGGCUGAAGAGUGUCGGUGUUCCGAGGGCUACCAUGGUGCUGAUUGCGGAAUUCCUCAGGUCGUGUGGAACUCAAGCUUCCUUGAAGCGGGAACAAGGCAGGGUGCUUGGGUCCGGCGUCGUGUGAAACCUAGAAGGCUUCUCGGCAUUUUUACAGUGACUGGGCCAUUUCAAUUAGACUUCCUUCGGCUUCAGAUUGCAUACUUGCGGCCAAUAGUAGAUGUGUUUGUUAUUGCAGACAAAACCAACCGUCUGCUAGCAGAUAUAGAACGGACUUUUGGCGGUCAACAGGAGUACACUAAGAUUGUGUACCUACCCCUUCAACAACCGCAGUAACUCAACGGCAACAGCUGAAGACAUGCUGCAGCACCUGUUUUGGAAACGCCUCUCGGACUUCCGCCUUGAUGAUCUGCUUGUCUGGACAGACCUCACCACAGUGCCACUAGCAGAAGUACUUCUCUUCUUGAAACUUUACGAUGGUUACUCGGAGCCGGUGUACUUAAACGUUCGACAGCUCGUGUACAGUUUUCUGUGGGAACAGAAGAAAGACUCGAAUCCAGGCAACUCGGUGGAGCCCGAGCAAAGCUCACAAACUCCAUUUGUUUCAACCUUUGCUGUGUUGAGUGUGCUGUGCCGUUACAACUUGACUUGUGCUAUGCCUCCUAAGGCGAAUGCCUUUACUGCAGCACAGCUGGAAGCAUUUACCAGAAACCACGGUUGGGCUCUAGAGAAUUGGACAUUGGGAACAAGAGAAGAGCCUUCUGGUUGGAAUUGCAAGAACUGUGUUACUUUUUCAGACUCCUCAUCCUUGUUUCCUGAGAGCGGCAUGAAUGGGUCAACAGUGAUUAAUGAGAAGUGGGAAGCAACACUUUUGAACAAACUGAAAGACGAUGGAUUCAGCCUCAAGACUGUGCAGCCUGUUGAUAAACGUGAUGUUAGGUAUCUUGCACCACGAAUGUUGUUGGAGAAGCCAGGGUCACUAUGGUACUUGCUGCCACUACAUAUGAAAACAUCCGAAGUGUGAUGUUUGAGCCAGUGUUCCUUUUUCUUUUUCAAAGCUCACUUGUUAGCAGGCAGCAAAUACCUGCCGAUUUUCAAAAAUUGCUCGGGUUGAUUGAGCAAGAUUUACUUUGUGUCACUUAUUUCUUGUUUCUCUGUGGCAUAGUAUAGUGGUUCGCUGCAAUAAUGAACUCUUGGGAGAUACAGUUUGUCACUUGUGUUAGUGAAAGUGUUCUUUUUUUUUUUGUCAAUGUAGUCAGGUGCCUGGACUUGCAUAGAGAGAACCGUUGAAGUUUGAAUGCUGGAAAGCCAGAUUCUCUUGGCAGUGAACUAGAAAAGAUGGGUGCGCUACUUUCAGAGUUGAUGUGUUUGUUUUAGGACGUGUGCAAGCAAAUGUAUUUGAAAAUAUGUAGUUGUGAUUUCUUAUGAGCGCUCUUGACCGUGAUAUCUUCAGUUAGGCAGAGUCAUAAUUCUGCUUCAACUAAGUGCCUUCAAUUUGUGAGAAAUGCAUGGAAAGACGCUUAGGUAAUUAUCUGGUCAUAGCAUAAGUGUCUAUGUCGUAGUUCUGUGCAGCGGUGAAACCAAAAAUUGUUAAAGUGUGAUAUGUAUCUCAUGUGCACAGUGGGGUUUGGAUAUUUUUCCCGUUCUACUAGAAUUAUUGUGAGAGGUGAUUGUUGCCUGCCAGUUAAGUACUGAGAAACUAGAAUAGCAGGAUGCUUUGCCAGUCCUUCCCACCAAACAUUAUUCUGUCCACUUCGUUUUUUUUUUUCAGUCUUGCAUUAUGUAUUGUUUUGAUGGUACUGUUAUAUUGUCAUGCUAAGAAUAGUGAUAUCACUGACAUAGCGACAGCUCUUUGGCAUUACUGUUUUUGCUGUUUAUUUCCAGAAUUUUCACAUCUUUAUCUGAUAGGUAUCCAAUUACUAAAAGUCUUAAGCGGAUUUUCAAUAUUUAUUAGUACAUUAACACUUUGGGAAGCAAAAUUGUUGUUGGUUAUCUUGAGUUUUCCCUUACGUUGCAUUUUUAUUUGUUGCGUGAGUAAAUAUGAGCCAAUAGAUGCAAUGCGAUAGUCGGGUAAUAUGGCCCUCCAUAAAUUCGAUGCUACCUUGAUAUGCACAUAAACCAGAAAAUAUUUAAAAAGCAUGAUGACUUUAUGCGUUUGUAUUUCACCCUGAACCAUCGUUAAUUUUGAGGUUUCUCAUCACGACUUCAGAGAACAAUGUUCCUAGGUCCAUGUUGUCUAACUUGCAUUGCAUUCAUUUGUGACUUUACCUGUAAACAUAAUGUAUUGCAGAUCAGCACUCAAAGGUACACGUAUAAGUCGUUUUUCUGCAGUCUUUUUGGAUGACGGGUGUUGUAUUUGAUCGUGGCAGGGCCGUUGCAAGAAUGGGAGCGUCUUGUACACUUGAACGGGGUGGUUCGUAUCUGUAAUAUGUCCCUUUCAGCUAACUGUUUCUGCAAAGAAACUUGUUUACUGAAAAAAAUAUGUACAUACAGAUAAAAGCAUUUCAGCUAAAUGCACUCAUAUAGAUACAUAUAUGUACAUAUAAAAAUAUGUACAUAUAGAUAAAAGCAUUUCAACUAAAUGUACUCAUAUGAAGGAUCUUUUAGUGAGCCCAUGUAAUUUCAUUAAAAAACACUAGGUUUACAUUGACAAGCUAAGCUAUUUUUUAUGAUAUAAAGACAUAGGAUUGGGCUACCUUGUAGUAGGGAGCACAUUUGUGAUAGGAGACCAAAACAGGCUCUAGGCUUUAGGAUUGUCAUUAAUCAAGUUGCAUGCAAAAGUUGAAUGUAUAGUGCGAUGUAAAUAAGGUGCAUAACAAAUCAGAGAGUUGACGACUUCACAGCAGCUGAAAAAAAGUGUCUUAAAAAAGGUCAAAAUUAAGUUAUGUUGCCUUUUGUCCUCAUGUUAUACCAUAAAAUAUAACUUAAAUGAGGUAGGUCUGUGUGAAAGUUUUAGAGCUUCCCCUUUAUGCACUGUCUCGAAGGAAAAAUUGCUUAUCCUCCUUGAUAUAAGCUAUGGUGCCAAAUGU